UCUUCCUCACCACCACCUCCUGCCACCUGCCUGCUAUCUUCACUCUCCUCCGCCAGUCGACCCGUCCGCCGUCAUUCCAGCUAUUCACUACAUUCUUCCGACCUCAUCCCGCACCAACUGAUACUGUCCCGGCUGAGGCGCAUCCCGUCCAAGCGCCAUAGUGGGUACUUUCGCUGGGCCUCAGCCUCGUGCCUGACCUCCAACCUCCCUCCACUUCGCGCCUUUAAUCCCAUUCCUCCCGACCUUCGACCGCUCCUUGUCUGCCGUUGUCGCCAGAGACGUUUUCGCACAACCCCGUAGUCUCCCGGCGCCUUUUCAGAUCCAUCUCUUCCCCCGCACCACAUCACCACGACGCGUCCGCACCCCCCAUCAGCAAUAAUGAAUCACGGCUACGCCCCUCCACGUGUGCCUCUCCAACCCGGCCAAGGCCCUGCCCCCAAUCAGCGCCUAGAGCAGCUGCUCAACGACCUACGCGCCGAGUACGAGAGUGAGCAAGCACGCAGCGCCGAGCUCGAGACACAGCUCGCUCGCCAUAUUCAGGACUUGGAGCUCAUCAGGCAGAAAAUCUACGGUAUUGAGACUCAGCAUAACCAGGCAAAGAAAACCUACGAAGAUGAGAUCGAUCGUUUACGGAGGGAACUGGAGGCCCGCGGCGGUCCCCCGAGCCAGCCUUCGCACCACGGGCCCCCUCAGCCCCCGCCGCCCACCAUUGGUCACGGACAAAAUCUCUUCGGGGGCAUCAUGCAGGGCGGCGCAUCCCAAGGAGGUCCGGGCCUCGCUCCUCUUCCUCAACAAGAGCCUCCUCAGGGGCUACCGCCGCAUAUGAAUCAACCACCACCCAGCUUGAACGCGGCCCCUGGUCCUCCUCAGAAUUUCAGCGGCUACCCAGCCGCCCCCGCCGUCAAUGGAGGAUACCCGCCGCAACAGACUGCCUCUCCAGGAGGCAGGCGUGCCGGCCCUCGAGGCGGCCCGCCUGGGCCUGCUACUCCUCAGCAAAACACUGCUGCCCCCUAUCCACCCUCUCCCCAGGUUGCACGCCCAACUCCUUCUCAUCAGCCCCCAAAUUCGCUAAUGGCUCCGGCUCAGGCCCCGUUGAAUCAGACCAACACACUGGCCGAUCUGGACCUGGACCAGCUGCCGGACAACCUCAAGAAGGAGAGUAAUGACUGGUUUGCCGUAUUCAACCCCUCUACUCGUCGCGUCCUGGACGUUGAUCUGGUCCACAACCUCCCCCACCAGAGCGUCGUGUGCUGCGUCCGCUUCAGCAUGGAUGGCAGGUUUGUAGCCACCGGCUGCAAUCGCUCAGCCGAGAUUUACGAUGUGGAGACGGGCAUGGCCGUGGCUCACUUGCAGGAUGGGAACGCCCAGGAGGAUGGCGACCUGUACAUCAGGAGCGUCUGUUUCAGUCCCAACGGUGGUUACCUUGCCACGGGAGCCGAAGACAAGGUCAUUCGUGUGUGGGAUAUCGCAACACGGAGCAUCAAGCAUACCUUCACUGGUCACGAGCAGGAUAUUUACAGCCUGGAUUUCGCUCGCAACGGGAGGCUGAUUGCGUCUGGGAGUGGAGAUAGGAGUGUGCGUCUCUGGGAUUUGGACACUAACCAGAACGUGGUCACGUUCCACAUAGAAGAUGGCGUGACCACUGUCGCAAUCUCGCCGGACAACCGUCUUGUCGCCGCCGGGUCUCUGGAUAAGAGCGUGCGCGUCUGGGACAUCAACACCGGCCAGCUCGUCGUCCGUCUCGAGGGCGAGGACGGCCACAAGGACAGCGUCUACUCGGUGGCCUUCUCGCCGGAUGGGACUAAGUUGGUCAGCGGCAGUUUGGAUAUGACGAUCAAGAUGUGGGAGCUGUCAACUCCUCGCAUGAUGCCAGGCGCUCAGCCGACCGGCAAGUGCAUCCGCACCUUCCGAGGCCACAAGGACUACGUUCUGAGUGUCGCACUCACUCCGGGCGGUGACUGGGUCAUGAGCGGUUCCAAGGAUCGCGGAGUCCAGUUCUGGGAUCCGCAUACUGGAGUCGCGCAGCUCAUGCUCCAAGGACAUAAGAAUUCCGUCAUCUCGGUCGCACCCAGCCCGAAUGGAGGCCUUUUCGCGACGGGCAGCGGAGACAUGCGCGCCCGAAUCUGGAGAUUCUCGAGGUAUACGGGACCUUAGGAGGGGUCCCUUAGACGUGGAGGCCAUUGGAUGCUCACGAUGUUAAGGGCGGAGUGAAGGGGGAUCUUCUCUUGAAUGCAGACGACGGUCGGAAUGGAGAUUUGC